AUGUUAUACGAUUAUUUCAUAAUCAAUCAAAUUUCAUUGGUUAACAAUGAAUUAUCUAGUAUUUUGGAAGGUAUAGAUUGGCCCUUAAAUAAUGAGAUAUCGACAGAUAGUUUGUCUGUUUUGCAAGAUAGACUAAAUGAAAUCAAAUCAAUAGUAGAUAAUUUGGAAUCUCAUAUUAAAAAUGAUAAUCAAAAUCUUAAACUAUUUAAAAUUGAUUAUAAUAACCAUAUUCAGAAUAUUGUAUUAGACUUGACAAAUAUGGCUAAUCAAUUAAAUUCUCCUAUUGAACAAAAUAUAUUUGAUAUUAUUAUCAAAUAUAUCACUGUUCUAUGCUACUAUUCUUUAUUAAAUAAAUUGUUGAUUGUUUUACCAAGAGAUUAUGAUGAUCAAUCAUAUUAUACUACAAUUAAGUUAUCGAAUUUGAAUAAAUUCAUUUAUUUGAUCCAAACAAGUGUAUCUAAACUAUUUAAAUUAUGUAAGAAUAAUUUGAAUCAGGCUGGAUUUACUCAUCUUAUUAAUAUCAACUACAAUAGUAAAUUUUUCACUAAGUUUACCUUAUGGAAACCUGAAAUGAUGAAAUUGUUUAUGAUUCAAAACCGUCAAUUCAUUGGUAUACCAAAAGAUUUUAUAAAAUUGAAUCCAUUUAAAAUAAUUAAAUUCUUUAUCUGGCAACAACCUUUGCACUUAAUAAACAACGAAUUAUCCAGUAUCAUCGAUUCAAAUUCACUUCAACUAUAUAAUCAAACUAAAAAAUUGGGUUAUUUGAUAUCGUUGAUUAAUAAGGGCUCGAUAGAUUUAAAUAGAUUCAAAUCAAAACAAUUAACACCAAAUGAUAUGAUGGUACAAAAUAUCAUUCAUUUUUACCAAAAAAAGGAUAUAAUUCCAUAUAAAAAAUUGAAUUUCAUAACAAGGUAUUGGCCAAUCUUCGUAACUUCAAUGAUAUGGGGUCCAGAAGUAAUUAGAUAUUGUUGGGAGUCGCGUUUUGAUUUGAAAUGUUUUAUACAAAAAAAUGUUAUUGAUUUAAUAAAUAGCUUAAUCCAUAACUGGAUUUGGUUGCCUUUUAAACGUAUCUUGGCUACCAUUAGACAUGAUAAAUCUACUAUGAUUGCUAUGGUAUCUGAAAAUACUUUACAAAGUGAACAAGACUCCUUAAUCAGAAUGAUUAUAAAAUUUUUGAUUGAUAAUGGUGUAAUACUCACAGAGGAUCCAAGUAAAGCAGAUACUGAUAUUAGUAACAUAAUUAUUAAUAAUAAAGCUGUUGAUAAUAUUGUCAAACAAAUUGAAAUGGGACAAAUGGACCAAUUUAUGACUGUAUAUGAGAAUCAAUUAUCACAUCCAGUUAAAAGUAUCUUCACUGGUGAGCUUAUUAGAUCGAUUUUAAUACAAAUUCAAAAAAUGAAAGUUGAUGGAUCUAUUGCUAUGAAUGGAAUUGAUAAAAUGCUGAAAUCACAAGAGUUGCUGUUUGGUAUGAUUGCCUUGUCUCCAUCAUUCCUUUUGAUUUAUUCUAUUGGAUCAAUGGUAAAUAGUUUAAUUAAAUGGGGCAAUGUUUGGUCUCAUGAAAAAGCAUUACGAAUGAAAAUUAAGGAUUCAUUAAACAACGUGGAACAAUUAUUGAAUUAUAACUAUAUAACAAGGGAAGAUUCUGGAAAUGAAACUGACAAUUAUGAUGAUUCAUAUUAUUUUAAUUUAGGGUUAUUGGUUAUGGAAAUAUCUAACUUGUAUAGACUAGGCUAUGAAUUGUUACCCAAGAAGUUAAGAUUACAAUGGAGAAAGGAUAUUCUUGAAUUAAUAAACAAUGAUUUCACAAAUGAAAUGAAACUUAAUACUAUAAAUAGAAUAUAUCAUUAUUAUGGUAGAUUAUUUUAG